AUGCAAAUUGAAAGUUCAACAGAUAAUUUUAUACAAACAUUGAAGAACUCUGCCCAAGUAAGUGAAAAGAAGAUUCAAGAUAUAUUGAAUGAACCUGUCUAUGAUAAUAACACAAAAAUUGUUUUUAGAGUUCAAAUGCAAACACUCAGAGAGUUUCAAUCAAUAUCUAAAUCAAAGGCUAUAUGUGAUUUAUUUUCCUGUUUCAAUAGACUUGGAAAUUUGGAUGAUUCAUUCCCAAAUAACAAAAAAGAUAAAUUCGGUUUUUUACCACAGCAAUUUAUUAACGAUUUUUCAAAUGAUUCAUACUUAGAUGUACUUACUAGAAUUGCUUCCAAUUCCGUUGUUGAACAGAAUAAAAUAAUUUUAGAACUCCUCAUUAAAAUCUACAGAAAUCAUCAAUCUCAAGAUGUUGUGAAUUAUGUUUCUAAAGUGAUGAUCAGAGACUUUAAGUUUAAUACAUCACUCCAUGCUUUUAAUGCUCCUUCUGAAAUCCCUAUAAUUCCAAAUGGUAUCUCACUUUUCUAA